UCAUUACCGCGAAUUUCAAAAGUAUGCUGUCGGCGCAGCUGAUUCAUUCGAAAACCUGUUGCUCAAUGAACAUGGAAAGCGAAAUCGUAAGUGAUCGGGAGCUCUUUUCAGAGCUCUUCGAAACCCCGAUCCAUCCCCUGCUGAUCAACAUAGUACCUCCGUUCGUCAAUGAAAGCAAUGGCAUAUUUCAAUUUCAACUGAAUGGCGAAGCUCUUUGGAGAUGGAGAGAAGUUUGUGGACAGCCGAACACAGUGUUUGCGCUUCUGCAAUUAAGUAUUCUGCCUCUUGGCUAUCGAUUGACAGAAUCUGCUGGAGAGCGCGUAGGAAAAGCGUUGGCCGAAAGCAUCAGGCGGUUUUGGAGAAAGACGCAACACGUCAAAAGCACGACGAAACGGAAAGAGAUGCGAGCGGAGACGUGGAUUAAGCUGGGAGUGAAACCGGAGGAGAUCGCGGAAUCACCAAAAGACGUCUUGGCUCACCUCAUAGAAGAGAAUAGCAACCUUCGCGAGACUGUGGAGGAAAAGGCGGCCGAUCUCUACAAUAAGAUGCGGCAAAGACUAGCCCACUCUGGAAAUGACUACACAGAAGUGGGAAAGAAGCAGCAAUACAGGCAAUUGACACAAAUACAGUGAGUAAACUUUAAUCAA